GAACUAACGUAGGAACCUUACUCGUUUCGCUAUUUAGAGCAGGCGAACUUGUUCAGGAAGCAGUUCAUCUUAAUAGCUCAAGAAACAUGGCAGAGCAGGUUGCGAAGAUGGUGAUCAAAGUGGACCUUCAGUGUCGUCGCUGUUACAAGAAGAUCAAGAAAAUCCUGCGUGAGAUCCCUCAAGUAAAAGAUCAAAGCUUCGACGAGAAACAAAACACAGUGACGAUCACAGUGGUGUGUUGCAGUCCCGAGGAGGUCCGACAGAAGAUAUGUUGCAAGGGAAGAGAUUUCAUUUUAGGCAUUGACAUUAUAGCCCCCGAGAAAGUUACAAAGGAUGAAUCGAGUAAAAAAGCUACAAAAACCGGUGAGGAUGAAUCGAGUAAAGAAACUAAAAAAACCGGUGCUACACAGGAUGGACCCGCCAAGAAACCGGUUCCUCCUCCACCGGUGCUAGGUUACCCACCGGUGUAUGUGAUGGGGCUGGUGAAUGUUUGUCCCCCGUGUCAUAAUCGGGGUUGUGGUUGGUUAUGUCCAUGCAUCUGUCACUGCGGGAAGCCGGCCCACGAGUGCAGAUGCGGGAGGCCACCGAUGUGCGAUGAUGGAUGCGGGAAGCCGGCCCACGAGUGCAGAUGCGGGAGGCCACCGAUGUGCAAUGAUGGCUGCGGGAAGCCGGCCCACGAGUGCAGAUGCGGGAGGCCACCGAUGUGCCAUGAUGGGUGUGGGAAGCCCGCCCACGAGUGCAGAUGCGGGAAGCCGGCCCACGAGUGCAGAUGCGGGAGGCCACCGAUGUGCCAUGAUGGGUGUGGGAAGCCCGCCCACGAGUGCAGAUGCGGGAGGCCACCGAUGUGCAAUGAUGGCUGCGGGAAGCCGGCCCACGAGUGCAGAUGCGGGAGGCCACCGAUGUGCCAUGAUGGGUGUGGGAAGCCCGCCCACGAGUGCAGAUGCGGGAGGCCACCGAUGUGCCGGGAUGGGUGUGGGAGGCCGGCCCACAAGUGCAGAUGCCGGAGACCCAGUUACUCGAGGUGUUGCGAUCGAUGCAAUGAUGAAAAUGCCUCUUCAUCAUGGACCCUGCAUGGUUGUGACUGUGGAAGGCCGCCGGUAUGCACCAAUGCCGGCUACGAGUGCGAAAGUUCCUGCUCGCUUAUGUAAGGAGAGUUUUGUGGUAUUUGUUUAUGUGGAUCUUCUACCCCGCACGAUACUCUCUUCAGUGCCUCAAUAAAUACCAACCCUUGGCUUAUGAAAA